GAUGGGGUUUGAUGUUUAUAAUGCUCUUGAUUUGAUGGAGAAUCAAAGUUUUCUUGAAGAAUUGAAAUUUGGAAUUGGUGAUGGUAAUUUGCAAUACUACUUAUACAAUUGGAAAUGCCCAGAUAUUGCACCUGCGCGAAUAGGUCUAGUCUUACAAUGACACUAAAGAAAAUGGGCGA